AGUCUGAUAGUUUUCUUGUCCAAAAGGUUAUUCAUAUUAUUAUUUAUAUAACACCAACAAAACUUUUAAGUCUCUCUAAAUCGCUGAUAGAAGAAACCAAUUGAAUCGCCGCUGCAAUUUUGUUUGGAUCAUCACCCAAAUCUUCAUCUUCUUCAGGUUUAGUUGAAACCAUAAGAUGGCUAAAUCAAUCAUUGAUGUUCCUCCCAAGGGUGGAUUUAGCUUUGAUCUAUGUAAAAGAAAUGCUAUGCUUUCGAAGAACGCGGUUCAGCUACCCCCGUUUACCAAGACAGGAACCACCAUUGUUGGGUUAAUUUUUCAGGAUGGUGUCAUUCUUGGAGCUGAUACCAGGGCCACCUCAGGGUCAAUUGUGUGUGAUAAAAACUGUGAGAAAAUUCAUUACAUGGCACCAAACAUAUAUUGCUGUGGGGCAGGAACUGCUGCUGAUACUGAGGCAGUGACAGACAUGGUCAGCUCACAGCUGCAAUUGCACCGUUACCACACUGGUAGGGAAUCAAGGGUUGUGACUGCCCUCACCUAUCUCAAAAGACAUCUUUUCAGUUACCAAGGUCAUGUCUCGGCUGCAUUGGUGCUUGGAGGUGUUGAUUUCACCGGCCCUCAUUUGCACACUAUUUAUCCACAUGGGUCGACUGACACACUCCCUUAUGCUACUAUGGGUUCCGGCUCACUUGCUGCAAUGGCCAUCUUCGAGUCCAAGUACAAAGAAGGCCUGACUAGAGAUGAAGGGGUACAGCUUGUUACAGAGGCUAUUUGCUCUGGUAUAUUCAAUGAUUUGGGAAGUGGUAGCAAUGUUGAUAUCUGUGUAAUAACCAAGGGCAACAAAGAAUUCCUGCGGAACCAUUUGCAGCCUAAUCCUCGAACCUAUGUCAGCCCCAAAGAAUACUCAUUCACCAAGAAGACCGAGGUUCUGUUAACCAAGAUAACACCAUUGAAGGAGAAGGUAGAAGUUAUAGAAGUAGGAGGAGACGCCAUGGAAGAAUAAGAAAGCACUCCGUUGGUAGCUUGUGAAUGAACUAUUUUGAGACUUGAAUCCCAACUUUCUACGGGUUUUCUUCUAAGUGGGUCGUCAAAAAAAGUAGCUGUGUCAAAUUCUUAAUGCAAUUCCUUUCUGAACUAAAUAGAACUCGGCUCUUUAUUCAGUUUUAAUCAGCAAUUUCGGUUCUUUUGGCUCAGCGGAUUACAUAUAUUAUUAUUUCCUGUGUUUUUAGCUUGAGAAUUGAGCCUAUGUUAUGUUAUACAAUCCUGAAACAAGCAUGAGCAUCUGAAAUUACUUUUGUGUGAAA